AUGAUCGACUGGCAGCUGUCCGACGACGUGCCUCUAGAGCCCACGACCGUCGUCCCUCCGCCAGACUACUGGGGCGACGGCGUGGUCGCCGCGCGCCCGCCACCUGCGAAGGCGGGGGAGGUGGUGCGACUAGACCUGCGAAACAAGCGUGUGGAGCUCGAGAUAUACUUCAAGGAGCUUGAGAAUGCGACUAAUAUCCGCGUGGCGGCGAAUCGGGGCAUGCUGACGCACCUGGCAACCAAAGCUGAGGGCGCGUGGGCAGAGAAAUUCAAAGCCAUGGGCAUACGGCUGCCGUAUGCUGUGGGGUGCUUUCACAGGUUCCUACUGCGGCCGCGUGACGAGGUGAAGGAACUUUUCCACAGCACGAUGCAGAAUCUGGAAGCACAGAAGGCGCCAGGCAGCAACAGCAGCAGCAGCAGCAGCAGCAGCCACGUGGCAACGUUGGGCAUUCACAUCCGCGUGCAGGACGAUGUGGUGUGGGCGGGUGACCGAGGUGCGCCCAAGGAGCUGAGCACGCAGGACGUGGAGGCGCUUGUCGGGAACGCAAAACAGUGGCUUGACUGUGCUGCGGUGCGGGAUUGGGGUGGGGAGGGAUGGGCAGCAUGA